CUUUUCUCAAGCUUGAAAGCUGUGACAUUGACAAUCCUAGUUGACAGUCCAAUUUCUUCAAUCACAACUUUUCAGACAGGAUGAAGAUCGGACUUUGCGCGUAUAGCGGGUACAAGACGUACCCAGGCCAUGGAAAGACCCUGGUCAAGGUUGAUGGAAAGAAUUUCACUUUUCUCAACUCAAAAUGUGAACGCGCUCACUUGAUGAGGAGAAACCCCCGUAAGGUCACCUGGACGGUUCUGUACAGGCGCAAGCACAAAAAGGGCCAGGAGGAGGAAACGGCCAAAAAACGUACCAGGAAGACUCAAAAGUUCCAACGAGCCAUCGUGGGUGCUUCUUUAAACGACAUUAUCGCUAAGAGGAACCAGAGGCCUGAGAUCAGGGAGGCUCAAAGAGAGCAAGCAAUUCGUGCGGCUAAAGAGGCCAAGAAAUCGACCAGAACCGCCAAAAAGGCAGCCCAACCAACCAAGGCGAAGUCUGCAACCACAAAGGUCGCCCAAAAGAAGGUAGCCAAGGUGGUGCAAAAGGCUGCGCCCAGAGUAGGAGGGAAACGGUAGAAUUGUGGUUUUUUAACAAAUACACUUUGUUAAGAACGAAA